GUCAGUGUGUCGUCGGACGUCGGUGUGAGACCACGUGCGCCGGGCUGCCGUCUCCAGGCAUAGCAAAAGUAUCCACCAAUAACACUUAGCGGUUGAGGUCAGGCAACAUGAUCUUCAGGUACUGGAGAGCCGUGUUGAUGGUCUUCCUGCUCAUAAACUUCAACUCCUCCACGUCCUUUCAAAACGACUCAUGCACUCAAGAAAUUCCAACGUUCGCUUGCUCAGAUGAUAUACCUCUUCUCAUUGUAGACUUCGAUCAGGUUUCUAUGAAUUCAUGUGGCGGCCACUAUCACCCCUCGUUGUUGAAGUCCAUCGUCGGUGUUACAUGGGAGGAUGCUGAUGAAGAGAAGAACUACGUGGUGAUGAUGGUCGACCCUGAUGCCAAGGGGCUGCAGGGCGACAAUGUUUUUAUCCACUGGAUGCGAUGGGGGAUCAAGGGAGUUGAUAUUGUGCUGGGGAUGCAGGUCUCAGGGAAGGAGAACGCGAAGUACAUUCCGCCGAACCCCAAACCCGGAGCUAAGGCCCACCGCUACUCCAUCUACCUCUAUGAAGAGAGCCUCAGUCCCAACCCAGAGUUCCAGCCCCUUCCUAGGGAGAUCAAAAAAAGGAAGGAGUUUGACAUAAUGAAAUACACUAAGGACUUUAAAUUUUGCGGACCGCUCGCACACAACAUAUUCUACGCUAACCUUUAAGAGAAGCUUGUGCACCAUACAACUCUGUACUGAGUCUAGUUGUGAUUUAGUUUCACUUUAUUUUCCAGAAGGAAAGACAUCCUGCUGAUGAGAAAAUACGGCUUUAAUAUUGGAAAACUAAUAUAUUUUGACAUUUAAGAGCUUUUCUUUAUUUCCUGGUCAAUAAUUUAUCUUCACAUUCACUAAUAUGUUAAAUAGUAAGCCAAUCUUAUGGUGACUUAAUCUGUCAAUAACGUGUACAUAUCAGAUAUUUGUUUAUUGUGCGGGUGUUGUGUUGCUCGUAGAUACAUCGCUUUUCUUUACACACAUGUUUCAACCUUAAUAGGCAUUAUGUCUCAAUGAAAUGUUAUGGAUUUUUCUUAUGUUGGAUAUUACG